AUGGCAUCACGUGCAGGCCCAAGAGCUGCACAAACCGAUGGGUGUGACUUUAAACAUAGAGAGAAAGUGGGGUCACACUACCCUGGCAGUGCAUCACUGAAAUCAGAGACCAAGAAAUUCACCAUAGUGCAUCUUUUAAUAUGGUUGCUGGUGGCAGCUCAGGUGGUCAUUAGUCACCUCAGCCUGGUGUCACGUGAUGACUUAUCAGUGAUCUACAUUUUUGGUGCAAUGGAAAUGUUUCCACUGGCCCAGCAGCUAUACCGGCAUGGGAAAGCUUAAUGCUUUAUCUUUGGUGUCUCUAUGAUUUAUCUGCUCAUGGUGAUAGCUAUUCGUGCAUGGCAAAUCUACUACACCAAUAAGUUCUUGGAUGUCUGGUUCAACUCAACACAAGAGAAGAAGUAG